AUGGCGACGCUUCAGAAAUUCAAGCUUCUAGCGACGCAGUGUGGCAUGACUCGGAGCCCGACACGAAGCCCCAGGACAAGCCCGAUGGUUCAAUUCCGCCGGCGGAAAACCACUCUGCGGAUGCUGCUAAACCGCAACACAGGCCGCCAGUCACCAAGGCGGCGAAAUUCACCGAUUGAGAAGAAUCUUCUGUUUGGUGUGUCGGAGGUAAAGAAGAAGGAGAAACGCAAGGAACUGAUGCGGCGGCACUCUUUGAAGGAACUCUUCGUGUCCUCGCCGCCAAAAGAAGAAACCAGGGAGGAUAUUCCGAUCAGAGUGUCAGACUCCGUGGGGACGGUGGUUGGUCUUGGCGGCCCGGUUAUAUGGAGCAAUGGACCCGGGUCACCCAAAUCAGUUUGGAGGGGCUUUCGAAUCCGGUUGUUGCUGAAGAGAGGUUGGCGCCCUGGGCUUGAUACUGUCUUCGAGCAAUAA